AUGCAUCUUGUCAAGGGCGUCUCCCAAGGAAGAACGCGCAUCGACCAGUUCUUGGUUGCUUCAAGCUUUCGCAUCACCCAUCACAAAGCUUUUGCGCAACAACUCCACGAUGCUACUGUGUGGGUUCAGGACUCGUUGUUGGCCACUGCAGCUCUUUUGGCUUGCGAGUACGAGCCUGGUUCCGACCAUGAGGAUCGCAUCAUCGGCCACAGGCGCGCAGCUUCUGCAAUCUCCACCUUGCGGUCUAUAAAGGCUGUCGAUCUCGGCGACCUUCCUACCAUUCUGAUGCUUUCGGUAAGCGCAAUCACCUUUGCGCUACAUAUCUCUGGACAAGCGUUAGAGAUAUGUCGACAUAGUCUCAACCUCAUCAAGCCCGUAUACGAAUCAUCAACGGAGCUUACUCCGGAUUGCCUUGCCUUCGUAAUUUGUCUCGUCCAAGCCGAGACCGAAGAGUGCAUCCUGCGGGGCGAGGUACCAACUCUACGAUUCACGGCUCGAGGGCUCGAUGACGUUGUGGAUCGGUACUUGGGCAUUUCGUCGCCCAUGCUACCGUACCUCUACGACGUCUGUACAAUUACCAGUACGCUACGUCAUGACAAGCACGUUGAUAUCUCUACAAUCAUGCAAGCUUUAGACGCGAUCGAAAUGGCUGUUGAGGCGUGGGAGCCAAAAAUGCCUGAAGCUCAUAUCACUCGCUUCUUGCAAGAGGAGGUGGCCAGUAUACUGGCUCAAGCCAGAUUAUAUCGUUGGUCUGUGUUACUCAUUGCACACCGACUGCGACAUCCAUAUGGUUCGGCUGUAGAAAAAGGGACGGUCAUAUCUAAUGCAAUCCUGGAAGAGCUGCGUCUGACACUCCAGUCCACCGGGCGCUCAGUGCCAGGCGCCACUGUCCCAUACAUGUUCGCUUGCUUCGAGUUGGUCGAUCCCGCUAAAAGAGAAUUGGCACUCAAAAAAACUGAUGCUGUUGUCGAGUUUUCGAAAGCGUGGCGGACCAAGAUCAAGAAACAGUUGACAGCAUUUUGGUUGAUCAAGGAUAACACGGAUCGAAUUCAUUGGAGCGACAUGGUGUCAUGGUUUCCUCAAUAA